AUGUCUUCACAAGAACACACCAACCCACUCAAAGUCUUGCUCGACCAAGCCGACGAACUCGAUUUCUCAGAUCCCGAAACGGGCGAAUCAUCCGCCAAUGCCAUCCUCACACCCGGAUUCGAGAUCUCCAAGCUGCUCCAGAUCUUGGACUUUGCUCUGAGCAAUGCCGGCGCUGAAACUCCCCAUCCUAUGCUCGAAGGACUCGAUAUUACUCCCAGAGAGGAGAUGCUGAAAAAGACCAACGGCGUAUUCCAAUUCGAGGUGACGAACAAAGAAGGCAAGAAAGAGUCUUUCUAUGCCGAUAUGAAGAAAGCAGGUAGGAUAUUCAAGGGCAAAUCGCCCAAGAAAGCAGAUGUCGUGCUUCAGGUCAAGGACAAAGAUAUGGUCGCUCUCGCUCUCGGUCAAUCGAGUCCUCAGAGAAUGUUCUUGGCGGGCAAAUUGAAAGUCAAGGGAAAUCUCAUGCUCGGAUUGAGAAUGAACGACGUUUUGGCUUCGGAAGUAGCAAAGCUGUCGAAACUGUGA